AUGUUUAAGCAGUACAUUUCCUUGGUCAGCGAGUUACUGAAAAUUAAUGAAUCAUUCUAUUUUCGACCGAGCAAAACAACGUAUAAAUUCGAAAAUGCACCAAUUGGUAUUCAUAAGCUUAAUUCUAUCGUGCCUGUUUUAAUGAAAGAAGCUGGCCUUGAGAUUAAGACAGCACACUGCCUUCGUGUCACAACAGCAACAAAUUUGUUUCGUGCUGGCCAUCAAGAAAAAUUAAUACGUGAACGAACUGGGCAUGUUUCUUUUGCUUUAUUUACGUAUGAGAAACCUAGUAAUGAUCAAGCAAUGGCUGUAUCCAAGUGUGUUGGCCCAUCUGUAUCAAAGGUUGUGUCGCUUGUUGACAACUAUUUUAAGCCACCCUCGAAGCCUAAGGAAGACGAAAAGUUUCAAAUUUCCGACGAGGAACUUGAUAAGUUUUUGAGUGAAGUGGACUGGUCUAAAAUUGAUAAAGAG